AUGUCGAGAGGGCCACCAUCACGCUCGCGCUCCGUGCGAGCAUGGUCAGAUCCGCGGGCGUUGGCAAGCGCAGCAGGUGUGGGAGGCACAGUGAUAGGUCUAGCAACUUUAGCUUGGGUAGCUUGGAGCUGGUCAAAUAGUCGCGCCUCUCCUGGCGGUCAGGCAGGUGGAGAUGGUCGCACUAUUGGAGGAGCAUCUGGCAGUCGGACACGAGAUGAACAUGGCGCAGAAGGCACUGUGAGUGCUGCUCUUUCAAACACGUGAACUGGCUUGAUUCCCCUAUUCACCGUCUUUCUGAACUCUGCCAACGGGGUGCAGCGAAGCUCCAGGCCUACACUGUCCCUCGCGAUGCCUCAGACGGACGAGCCAAUCGCUGAGUACCUCUUACGCAUCAGAGAGCUGCUACUACCGGUCACUGCACAGGUCUUCUCGGUGCACCUUUUGCUGCCAGCUGAUCAGGAAAGCAAGUCGGAUGCCGAGAUACUUUCGCGCAUACAGGCGCUCAGCUCUAAGCUCGAAGAUAUCGACGGCUACGAUGAGCGGCGGACGAUGCUUCACAAGACAGAGUCGGGCAAGUUGACACUAGCCAGAGCUAUCAAGUGCGAUGCCCACGUCGAGGUGCUCAUGGAUUCAAGCCGCCACGAGGAAUGCACCAAAACCGAUAUGGACGCGUACCACGAUGCGAUAUCCAGAUUACGCAAAUCGACCAGCUUGCUCGUCUUUCUCGUCCUCCCUGAUCCAGGUCAUGCCGCAUCACAAGACAAUGGAAGAAUCGACUCUAUCUUGAGGCCGUACUUGUCACGAAUCAGGAUGGCGAAGGGGGACGCGGAAGUGAGGGUAUUGGAUUUGAGGCAGACGUCGCCCGCUGAAAGGGCUUGGAGAGAAGGAUCAGAGCGGCUCAGUGCUUUGUCGAAGGGAUGGAAGUGA